GGGCAGAGGGGCGAUGAGCAUGGAACCAUCCUGGGUUGUAACUUGCGACUCAGGUUGUUCCAUGGAAGAAGCAGCUGCGUGGAGUGAUGAUAGGAUUAGUUUCCAAACAUCAUUGACUAGCCAUAGUGAUAGCGUGCAGCUGCAGGUGGUUGAGUAUGCAUCCCCAGCACUAACCCCAGCCCCAACCACACAUGAUACCUGUAGUGAUCAGGACCAGGUGUUCAAGGAAGCAGUGGAAGAGGUCCAUGCUAACUAUUUAGAAAUUAUGCAAAAGAAGAUGCACAAGUUCCCUCCAAGCCUGGCAGAUGUCGACGGACGGUACAGGGUCCCGGUGAGUGUGGCCAUCGGGCCUUACCACAACGGUCGUCCUGGCAUGGCGGAGGCGGAGAAGAUGAAGAAUGUGGCUGCCAACCAAUGCGUCAGGGAUUCGACCGGCUCACUCCAGGAGAUGUACAAUGCGGUCUCCUUCGUGUCACCCGACGCCCGCAACCUCUGCUACCAGGACGAGUCGGCAAAAUUCCGCGAUGAUGCCUUUUUGCCGAUGAUGUUCCUUGAUGCUUGCUUCUUGGUGCAGUUCAUGCUUUGGUAUCAGGUCGAGGACGGCGUCAUUGAUCUGGCGCUGGACAGCUAUUUCUACGCCAACUUCGAGCGCAUCUACACCGACAUCAUGAUGCUUGAGAACCAGAUCCCUUGGGUGGUCGUUCAAGCUAUCUUGGACUUCAUGCCGCCAGGACCCUCCUGGCCCUUGAAGAAGUUCAUCAUUGCGAUGAGAAACUGCCUGAAAAACCAAAAGGAUGACGACGACGACGACGAAUCCAUCGACGUAGUUACUGACAAUGAACCGCCGCAUCUCCUCGGCCUUGUCUGGUACUACAUCGUGGGAGAAAACAAGAAGGGUGAGAUACCCCCUGGAUUCCGGCCCAUGUCAUUAUCUAUGAGCGUCGCCGAGCUUGCCGAUGUUGGUAUCACGCUCGCACCCAUGGCGAAAACAGAAGGAGGGCUAGUUGACAUGGGCCUAGAAAGGAAACUCCCCUUGUCCGGCGUUAUCUCCGUGCGGCCCCUGUGCCUGACUGACGCAAAUGCGACCUGGCUCGUCAACAUGGCGGCCUUCGAGUUAUGCAGGGACUAUUGUUUCGAUGAUAUUUCUGAUGGAAAUUCUGCUGUCUGCUCCUACCUCCAACUCUUCGUCAUGCUGCUGGACAAGAAGGAGCACGUGCAUGACCUGCGAGAAAAAGGUGUCAUCCAAGGAGGUGGACUCACCAGCGAAGAGACGCUCGUAUUCUUCAUUUACAUUGGCAAGAACAUGCGGGUCGGAAGGAACUACCUCAAGAUAAUGAUAGAGGUCGAGGACUUCAAGCAGAAGAUGACAUGUUAUCUCAAGCUGUGGCUCUCCAUUAAGAAGAACAGAACUAGAAUCAUGACGGUGAUUUCAGCCAUUGGUGUAGUUAUCGGCAUCUUGUCGUCCCUCCCAGCUCUCAAGCCACGCUAAGACGUACCGGACAUGAUUCUAGUACCAUUAAUUAGCAUGCAUGUUCUACUUGUACACCUUACUAUUCACAUUGUAAAAUUUCUUGUAUCUCAAUCCUAUUUCAAUUGAAAUUCCUU